CCUACUUCUGUCAUUAAAACGUUGAAUUUUGUAUGCUUGUAGCUUUAUCAAUUUUAAAUAUUAAAAUAAAAUCAUAUAUAAAAUUCAACAAGAUGAACGAAUUAGAGAAGCUAGAAUACCUCUCUUUGGUCUCAAAAAUUUGCACAGAAUUAGACAAUCAUCUUGGAAUGAACGAUAAGGAUUUAGCUGAAUUUAUUAUACAUCUCUCCGAGAAAAACAACACAUUGGAGUCUUUCAAAAAGGUGCUCUCAGAAAAUGGCGCCGAAUUCUCGGAUUCAUUUGUUUCUAACUUGCUGCGAAUUAUCCAGCACAUGAAACCGAAGAAAUCCUCCAAUAAGGAAGAGUUCGAUAAAGUGGAAAAAGAGGGACUAGCUUUUAAAUUUCCCGGUCUAGCAAUACCUAAUGAGAAACAAAAACCUUUACAAUUAGAAGAAUUUGAUAAUGAAAAUGAAAAUGAUGAAAUAGACGUUGUAGCUGAUAUGAUGAAACAGCUCGAGGCCGAUGCACCUUCUCAAAAACAAACCAAAGAAAGGUCCAGAAGCCCCAGCAUCGAAAAGAAACCGAGAGUAAGAUCUGGAAGUAGAUCGAAGGAACGAAGAAGAUCCAGAAGCAGAUCGAAAGAUAGACGAAGAUCUAGAAGCAGAUCGAAAGAUAGACGAAGAUCUAGGAGCAGGUCUAGGGACAGAAGGCGAUCUAGAUCUAAAGAUAGAUAUUCUCGAAGGGAAAAAAGGCAUAGAAGUAGGUCGAAUGAAGACUACAAGAGGAGAAGAGGAGACGACAGUUACUCGAGAGAUAGAAGGGAAAGAGGUAGGUCCAAAGAAUCGGAAAGAAGAGACAGGAAUAGAUCGAGAGAUGAUAGAAAAAGGGAACGAAGCAGAUCGAGAACGAGAAGGCGAGAAAGGAGCUACGAGAAAAAAUUCAAAAGCGAAAAGGAUAAUCCUGAAUUCGAAGAUGAUCCUACUCCAGGAAAGAUUUAUAAUGGAAAAGUAUCGAAUGUCGUUCCGUUUGGUUGUUUUGUACAAUUAGAAAGUCUAAAAAGAAGAUGGGAGGGUUUAGUGCACAUUUCUCAGCUAAGAGCAGAAGGUAGAGUUACCAACGUUUCCGACGUUGUCUCCAGAGGAAGCAAAGUUAAAGUAAAGGUAUUAACGAUAACCGGCCAGAAAGUAUCCCUUUCGAUGAAAGAUGUCUGCCAAACGACGGGAAAAGAUUUGAAUCCUCUGUCCCAUGCCACUGCGGAACGAGAAGAUAAAGACCGUAACCCCGACAGGCCCACGAACAACAGCACGUCAGUGUUGAGGCUACCGGUCAGUAUCGACGAAGGUGAAGAAAAUUCCAGGAAAAGAGUAACCCGGAUUUCCAGUCCGGAAAGAUGGGAAAUUAAGCAAAUGAUUUCCUCCGGUUGCAUAGACAAAAGCGAAUUGCCGGAAUUUGACGACGAAACUGGUUUACUGCCCAAAGACGAAGACGGUGAAGCUGAUAUAGAAAUCGAACUGGUCGAAGAUGAGCCGCCAUUUUUACAAGGUCACGGUAGAGCUGUUCACGAUCUAAGUCCUGUAAGGAUAGUUAAAAAUCCAGAUGGUUCGCUAGCGCAGGCGGCCAUGAUGCAAUCGGCCUUGGCCAAAGAAAGGCGCGAACAAAAAAUGCUGCAAAGAGAACAGGAAGUGGACUCUCAGCCUUCUGGAAAGAACAAAAACUGGAUAGAUCCUCUCCCAGAAGACGAAUCUAAAUCGAUGGCGAGAGGAAUAGGCCUUCAGAGUCAAGAUUUACCGGAAUGGAAAAAGCACGUUAUUGGUGGUAAAAAGUCAUCUUUCGGCAAAAAAACCAACUUGACGAUCAUCGAACAAAGGCAGUCGCUUCCCAUUUACAAGCUUAAAGAGGAAUUACGGAAAGCCGUAACAGAGAAUCAAAUAUUGAUCGUCAUCGGUGAAACGGGCUCCGGAAAAACCACACAAAUCACCCAGUAUCUAGCCGAAGCUGGCUUCACGGCCAGAGGGAAAAUCGGUUGCACGCAGCCCAGAAGAGUAGCCGCCAUGUCAGUUGCCAAAAGAGUAGCCGAGGAGUUUGGAUGCAGAUUAGGCCAGGAAGUUGGAUACACCAUUAGAUUCGAAGAUUGCACCAGCCCCGAAACGAUGAUCAAAUACAUGACAGACGGUAUGUUGCUACGCGAAUGCCUCAUGGAUUUGGAUCUUAAGCAAUACUCUGUAAUAAUGUUGGACGAAGCCCACGAACGAACGAUUCACACCGACGUAUUAUUUGGACUAUUAAAGCAAGCUGUUAUGAAACGCGACGAGUUGAAGUUAAUCGUAACUUCGGCGACGUUAGAUGCAGUUAAGUUUUCGCAGUAUUUCUUCAAAGCUCCGAUAUUCACGAUACCCGGUAGGACGUUUCCAGUCGAAGUUUUAUACACCAAAGAACCGGAGACUGAUUAUUUAGACGCUAGUUUAAUAACGGUGAUGCAAAUACAUCUCAGAGAACCACCCGGCGAUAUUUUACUGUUUCUGACGGGCCAAGAAGAAAUCGAUACAGCUUGCGAAAUAUUAUACGAAAGAAUGAAAAGUUUAGGUCCCGAUGUACCCGAACUGAUCAUUCUACCCGUAUACUCCGCUCUGCCGUCGGAGAUGCAAACUAGAAUAUUCGAACCGGCGCCUCCUGGCAGCAGAAAAGUUGUAAUUGCCACGAACAUCGCAGAGACUUCGUUAACAAUCGAUGGGAUUUACUACGUGGUCGAUCCGGGAUUCGUCAAGCAAAAAGUUUACAAUUCCAAGACCGGAAUGGAUUCAUUAGUGGUUACGCCAAUUUCGCAGGCGCAAGCGAAACAACGAGCAGGCCGAGCGGGCAGGACCGGUCCUGGUAAAUGUUACAGACUUUACACAGAGAGAGCGUACAGAGACGAAAUGCUUCCGACGCCGGUGCCCGAAAUCCAGCGAACUAAUUUGGCAACGACAGUACUUCAACUGAAAACUAUGGGUAUAAAUGAUUUGCUGCAUUUCGAUUUUAUGGACGCCCCUCCGGUGGAAUCGCUCAUAAUGGCACUCGAGCAGUUGCAUUCUCUAUCAGCUUUAGAUGAUGAAGGUUUAUUAACUAGACUAGGAAGAAGAAUGGCUGAAUUCCCGCUGGAGCCGAAUUUGUGCAAGAUGUUGAUCAUGUCGGUAGCCCUCCAAUGCUCCGACGAAAUAUUGACUAUAGUGAGCAUGUUGUCUGUUCAAAACGUGUUUUACCGUCCGAAAGACAAGCAAGCGCUGGCUGACCAGAAAAAGGCCAAGUUUAAUCAACCCGAAGGCGAUCACUUGACGCUAUUGGCGGUCUACAACAGUUGGAAGAACAACAAAUUUUCGAACGCAUGGUGUUACGAAAAUUUCGUACAGAUCAGGACUUUGAAAAGGGCGCAAGACGUGAGAAAACAGUUGUUGGGUAUCAUGGACAGGCACAAAUUGGACGUGGUAUCAGCGGAAAGGAACACGGUGAGAGUGCAAAAGGCCAUUUGUUCCGGGUUUUUCCGGAAUGCGGGGAAAAAGGACCCGCAGGAAGGCUACAGGACUUUGGUUGAUAGUCAGGUUGUGUACAUUCACCCUUCGAGCGCUUUGUUCAAUCGACAACCGGAAUGGGUUAUCUAUCACGAAUUGGUGCAAACUACAAAGGAAUACAUGAGAGAAGUGACGACGAUUGAUCCAAAAUGGCUGGUGGAAUUUGCGCCUGCAUUCUUCAAGUUUUCUGAUCCUACGAAGUUGAGCAAAUUCAAGAAAAAUCAAAGAUUGGAACCGUUGUACAACAAAUAUGAAGAACCCAAUGCGUGGAGAAUUUCUAGAGUUAGGAGAAGACGAAAUUAAUUCAGUUAAUUUCACAAAUCCAAGUAGGUUUACAUGGUUUAAAGUGUUUUGAAUUGAAAACGAUUACAGAUAGGAUAUAAAUAAAACGCCGCGAGCAAAAUCGCGAGGGUACUGCUACUGAGUAAAAAAAGAAAUUUUAAUUUUCUAUAAAUUAGUUUUAUUUUUUAAAUUACCUUUUACCAAAACGAUUAUAGAUGUAUACACAAAAUCACAUAUUUUAUAUGUACAUGUUUUUACUUAAGCGUUAUUUGCAUUUAGCUGUUAGGGAAACUUACAAUUCAAUAACAGUACGACAAUUUUCAUCGAUAAAUUUCGAAUCAUUGAAACUGAAAGGCGAAUUCUUCCAAUUAUUCAGUCGUAUGAUAAUUGAGGGGGUAGAAAAUGCACAGCUUUUUUAUCGAAUGAGCAAUUUUAUACAAUUACAUUUCUUUUAAUCAUCUUAUACUUCAGCUCGUUUCAACAAAAUUCUGAACCACGGCGAAGUGUACUUAAAGCAAGUGAGCAUUGUAAAAAUAUAAACUUUUUUGAGCCAAUUUAUAGUCGCUCUUUGCUUUAAUAUUAUUUUAAGUUUUCAUUGAGCCAAAUAAAAUAGUUUAUUUCAAUAUUUCAUACAAAAAACUUUUGGUUAAAUUUACAUCGUUAAAAAUAAUCAAAAAAAAACCUUGUAGCGAAUAUAUUUAAAAUGAGGCUAUUUGAUAAGAAAGCUCGAUUAUUUAACGAAUAAAAAUAUGCAUGAGUACGAUUUAAAACAAAUAUGGACACUUUUAAAUCCUGAGGCUGAAUAAAAUUACUUAUUUACAAUUAAAAGGAGGAAAAGUUUAGAAUGCACUCUUCAAAAACACCAUUCUUGAACAAUAUAUGUGCGUUCUAAACUUUUUUUUAAAUAAAUACAGAAAUAUUAACAAAUACAAUAUUAAAUAUUCGAUUCGAACGCGAAUUUCAAACAAAAAGAAGCCAGUUAAAACGUGUUAACUUCUCUGAAUGUUUACAUAUAAGACUUAUGUACGAAGGCAUUUUAUAGGCUUACGAAUGUUUUAGGGUGUAUUAAUAAAAUUAACCACAAAAAUUGUACAGGUAGGAGACGAAUAUAAAUAAACUUAAAAUCAAAGUUCUUUCAACAGGGCCGACUUGGCAUUUUUUAACUUGUCUAACCUCUUCAGUAAGUGUGUAUUUGAAGUUUCUAAUUCUUCUACUCGAUUCAAGGCUUCUCUGGCCUAAAACAGAAAUUGUUUAAUAAAUAAUUAGAUAUUAGUUAUUAAAAGUUACAAAACUAUUAAAUUAGUUCAACAUUUUGGUUCUGGGCUUUGAAAUAAAAGUAAAGCAAGUUAAUAAUUUCUUCAAAUAAACAAACACAUUAAUAUCGAACAACAAAGCGUCAAGUAAAAUUCGUAAUCUCCUAAAAUAAAUAAAAAAAAACAUGAAUGAAAUACAUGUUAAUAAGGAAUAGAAGCUUCGUAAUUAAACCAUCACACUAAUCUAACGGUUAAAUUCAAGUGGGUGCAAAUUGAAACGCAACUACGUUACAGCAAUGAAUUCUUCGACUAUUUGUCCUAGUGAUGACAAGUCAACCUCUUAUGUGCCUGUCUGAGAGCUACAUUAGAGGCCUCGGUCAACAUCAGCUGUUGAUUCGCAUUCUGCACCUGCAGUACAACGACACUACAUUUACCAAUCACCAAACCACGCAGACGGACAUGUAACUGGGAAACUCCGUGUUUUUAACGAAAUACUUCUAGAGAUGAAAUAGAAUUUAAAAUAUGUUCAGUAUAUUUUUAACGAACUAAUUAGUCAUCUUUCUAUGCACCACCUACUUUACUAUUUAUUUUUAGGUAUUCAAUCGCCUCUAGAAGUAUAGCUUUACAAAUUUAGUUUUCUUUGGGUUACACAUAUUGCCGUAUUCAGAAGUAUAUUAUAAUCAAAUGGUUUUGUAACCAAAGAUUAUAUAUUCGAAUGGCAACGUUGCUAAUAAUCGUUUAGAAAAAAAGUUCUCAAAAAUUGGACGUUACUGAAAGCGCUUAAAAAUUGUCAGUAUUUACCAGAAAAGCGUCUACAUAUUAAUUGCUAUCUGUAGAAUCUAUUUCAUCUGUUAUAUCUGUUAUAGAAUCCGAUUCGUGAAUACUAAAAGAAUCAGAAUCCUGCAAAUAAAGAAAAAAAUACUCGUGCAAAAAAAUAUCGUCCACAAAACGAGUAAUCUAAACAAAAUAGUAAUACCAAAGCGAGUGUGCGAGCAAUACAUUUCGAUUUACCUCUCUUUGCAAUUUCCUUUUUUCGGUCUUGAGAGCCUCCUCGGAUUGCUCGGACGUCUCCGCCGCCGUUUUGUAUCUGAUCACCUGGCUUUCGAGACGCGCCACCGUCGCUUGGAGCGUCGCGGCGUCCUGCUCGGCCUUCUGCGCUCGAAAUUUCCAAUCGGACAGCAUUUUACUCGCCUCUCCUGCAACGACAUUCGCUAUUUUACACUCGUUUUCGCGAUACAAUAAAAACAAAUCGAAUUCGUUUAUUCGAUUUUGCUCACUUUGAAUGUCGUCGUAAUCGCAAUCCGACGAAGGUCCGUUUAGAGCGCCGCCCGAACUGGGUUUCCUCCGUUUGCUCUUCUCUUCUUCUAACUCUAAUUUUAAAUGGCUAAUUUGAUCCUGCAUUUCGGUUUUUUCUUUAAGGAAUCGGGAUAACCGCACGUCUGGAAAAACACAGCGCGUUAAAUAGGAGGCGUUUAUUAUCGACAACAGCGCUUACCCAAACUUCCAUCGCCCGCGGUCUCGAGCAAAUUGGCGUUUUCCGCGCUGACUAAAGCCUUCCUGGGCGGACGGUGGGUGCCGUCCUCGUCGGCGGGCACCUCCUCCGCCACUAUAACUAAACCUUUCUCCGCUAUGAGCCUAUCCCUUUCGUCCAAUUCGUAUUUGACGAAGGCGAGAUCGUCCUUCAGCUUCGCACAGACGCUCUUCAACGUCUGAUACUCCCUGCACUUGUCCCGGUGCUCGCGCUUCAACUGGGAGUGCUCCUCCUCCAAUUCUUCCAGUCUGAAACGAAUCCGAUCGAAUGAUUUUUCUUUGCGAAACCGUCGCGAUAUACGCACCUAUCUUUGAACAGUCCCAGCUGAUACGUCUGCGCCGAUUUGUCGUUAUCUAAUUGGGCGUUCGCUAUCAUGGCUUUCCUGAAUUUCUCUUCCACCUCUUUGAGCUCGUGCUGGAAAUUCAACUGCGUUAAUAUGACGUUAUUCUGCAUUAUCGCCCAGGUGAAACGGUAUUAAAUAAGAGAUAACGAUUGAUUAAUCGGUGUAACAAUGAUCCGUCGAAAGCGGUAUUUGGAUCAUCAUCAACAAUGCGACGGUCGUAACUGCUUAAAUAAAACGCUCUACUAAUUUUACGAGGGAUGUUUCCAACAAGGUCGUGGGAAUUGUCGAAGCGUUUUUCGAAUUUUAUUAGAAUCUUCGAUCGGGUGAUAUUCAUCGACUUACUCUCAACUCCCGGAAGCUUCCGCCGCCGUCCUCCAAGGAAUCCUCCGAACUGCGCCGGCUCGACAGGAACCGGCCGGUGCUCCUUGGCGUCCGCACCAAGGAGGUCGGCUCCGAGGACAGCAUGUCGAAUUGCCUGUCGGCGUUCUCCUCUUGCUCCUUCUGCUGGCGUUCGAGUUCUCGCAUGCGGAUUUCGCGCGCCUCCGCCCUCGCCUGUCGCUUCGCCCAUAGCCGCGCCUCGGCCUGAAAGAACCAGAAAGAUUCGUAUUUAAACAGAAAUGGCUUCGUCGACGGUGUAUGAAAGAUGUUGGAUAGGGAGCGGUCGAGCGUCAAUUGCGCCAAGUGCGGGAGGGAUGUUUUAUGAAGGUGGUAUAAAUGGUAGGGAAUGUUCGUGAAGUUUGGUUCGUACUGAAGAAAUUGUUCUGUUAUUACGCGGGAAUUUCUCUUAAACCGGGGCGAUGGUGAAUUGGGCGCAGGAAUAUUUCAGGUAGAAAAGGGAAUUCGUUGGAUUCGUUGUAAACUUUAGAAGAAAAUGAAGAUUUUUGGUAAUUUUUUAAGUUUUAUAAUUAUUAAAUUGAAAAUAUGUACACGAAAAUACUUUGCUGUAAAUAAAAAUUCUUAAUAAUCACAAGAAAUAUUUGUAGUUAUUUUUCGGAAACUCAAUUUACCUAUAGAAUUAAAAUCUAUAAACCCUUUUGCGCCCAAUUUACAAUUCACAAUUAUUUCCUCCUCUUAAUCGAUUAAAUAAAUUUAUAACGAUUACACAAAAUUGACACGAAAUUACUGUGAAUAACGUUGCUAUAUCCAAUUUUGUAAGUACUAUAAAAAGAUAACGUGUCUACUACAUUUCUAUUUACGAUUUGAUUUAACGAUAACACCCGCCUUCCAUCAUUCUAAAGAUAAAAACAUACCUAUCAUAACAUCGAAAAUUGUCGAAAAAAAAAAAUUCAUAAAUAUACCUGUGGGCUAGUGUCGUUCAUAAACGAACAUAUCACGUCGUUUUCAUCGGAAUUUUCCCCAUCGGAUCCGCUUUCCCCGACGUAAUCCGACGUUUCCGUCGUCGUCGUACCGCAAAUAAAAACCUUAUCACUUUCCCCGUUAAUCGAAUUACGGUUGUCAUCGUCCAUUUUUCAGGCGGCAAAUGCGGACAGGAUUCGAAACGGUUCGAGUGUUCGUUUCGUAUUUUUCAAGCGAUAACGCGAGCACACCUCAUGGAGUUAUUUUAAAAUUUUUAAUCGAUAAUAUCGAUCGAUCGUCAAUUUACCGGCGCUGUUGUAAGCGAUACUGAUAAUUCUCAA